AUGCCGAAGGGCGACGACUCUUUUCCACAACCCGCCAUCCACUACCUGCCACAGUCCUCCCCGACGAUCCGACCUCAUUACACCAGCAAAGGAUACACCGCGAAUCCUUCCAAGAACAUCACCGCCAACAACACCAAGACCGCGAAAACGAAGACACCGAACUCAUAUCCCUUCGCUACCCCGGCUGCGAAGACCUCCAAUACUGCCGCUGCGACACCCGAGAGCCCUGCCUUUGCGUCCCGCGCUGCCGAGUCCGUCAAUCCUAUCCAGGGCCCGGGUUCGGGUUCUCAGUCCAGCAACCCUCGCUAUCUGCCCGCCUCGCCGCCUCCCACCACAAACGUCUUCAGCCCCGAGGGACAAUGGACAACACCCGACAUUAGUCGGUAUGGUUUGACGUAUAGCGCUACAACUUGCGAAAAUCCCUUUGACAACGUCUCAAAGUCUCUCCUCACGCCCACCUCCGAUCCGACCUCUCCCACCACAUACUCACCCACCGAGGAACCCUCCCGUCCGCGCCUGACGAGGCCAGCACCCUUGCAAGCGAAACGUCUGUCGGAUGAAGAGACUCAUCAGAUCGACACACAACCUUCCCCGCUGAAGAAGCCGCGCCGUCUAGCUCCCCCGAGGACUAUAGACUUACCUAGGCCUCCCACCGCCGCGGCAAUACUGGCUGCCCGAAACCAAGGGGUCACGUCCCCUCUGUUCUUCUCCCGCUCCAACAACCGUCGACCCAUGCCCACUCGCCCGAACCCUCUACCUCCCUCCGACGCUGCCGCUGUCCUGCUGGCCCGUCUGAGGGAGGAGAACGAUGGAGUCCACACCGUCCGCCUGGCGCGCGGCACCGUCCACGCUCGUGGCGCUGCCAGGUCUGGUAGCACUCCCGGGAGCAGCAGCUUGUCUUCCUCUGCGGAAGCCACCUUGACCUCGUCGCGGAGCCCAAUUAGCCAGUCCACAGGUCCAGGCAUCGCAGAGUUGAGGAAUAUUGGUGUCGUCGAGCUCCUCGAGCAGGAUGAGCGCCCAACCUUCAUUAUAGACCUGGCGAAUCCCGUCAACAACCAAAAGACGGCACUCCACUUGCUGUAUGCUAACGCGGCCCUCAGGGCCUCGGUUGGUGUUUUGGAGUUGCUGUCAGUAGAGGGGGAAGAGGCCGUGAAGAAUUCUGAGUAUACCCAUUUCAAAGCGUGGGCCAUGAGCUUCGUAAAAAACCAGGAGUCGUUGGAUGUAUGCCUUCCAUCUCACAACUAUGGAGGGAUCACGUGGACUUGCUCAACCUUGCGCAAACGCUAUCGAUUCGUGAGCGGAAACAUGAGCGCUGUGUCAACCGCUCCCGACUCACCAGCCCCGCUAGCUGAAGAGUCGGCCGUCCUUGAACAACGGCACAAAGGUCCCUCUCCGCAGCCGACAAUUUUGCAAAUAGAAGAGGAGCCGGACUAUUUUGGUGAUGCGGUCUCGGAUACCCACGAUAUGAAUGACACAACCAUGGGCGAGGAUUGCAUAAUGGCGGACGAUGGCGGGAGGCAUCACACGGACGAGUUUACUCAGCAGGUGUUCCAGACCAACAUGAUGAAGCCCUCUUUCGACUGGACACGCAUUCAAAUCACCGAAGACCUCAGCGACCACAUUCGCUUUGCUCGUAACGUCGACUGGGCUUCCACCGCGUUGGGGCCUAUUGAGCACUGGAACUCGGAUCUCAGAGCCAUGGCUAACAUGGUCAUGGGCAGUCCUCACCCGGCGGCCAUGUACUGGAGCCGAGACAAUGUCAUCCUCUACAACGAGGCGUACGUCGAGCUCGCCGGCCAGAAACACCCACAGCUCAUGGGCAUGCGGUACAAGGAUGCCUGGGCUGAAAUUUGGUCGGAGCUAGAGGGUGUGGUAAGCAACGCUUGGGAUAACGGCACAUCAAUCAUGAAGAACGACAACCAGCUCUUCAUUAUGCGACACGGCUUCUUGGAGGAAACAUUCUUUUCUUGGUCAAUCAUUCCAUUGCUGGGAAGCGACGGUCAGAUUGUCGGUCUCUACAACCCCGCGUUUGAGAAUACCCGCCGCAAGGUCAACGAACGCCGCAUGUUGACGUUGAGAGAGGUUGGCGAGAAGACCGCGGCCGCUAAGGAUGUCCGGAACUUUUGGCCAAGGGUUCGCGAAGGCCUCGAAUUCAAUGACUUGGAUGUACCCUUCGCCCUUAUUUAUUCUGUCAAAGAGGACAACGAAAGCGAGGUGUCUUCAAUGCAUUCCGGCAGUAUAGCACACCCGCCUCUUUUGCAACUUGAAGGCUCCUUGGGCGUUCCUGACGGGCAUCCAACAGCCCUCACCCAUCUCGACCUCAAGUCCUCAGAUGAGGGCUUUGCGCCGUACAUGCGUCAGUCUAUGACCAUGCAGGGUGCGCCCAUUGUUCUCUCUCAAGAAGCCGGCAACCUUCCGACUAAGCUGCUCGAGGGCAUGGAUUGGAGAGGUUUUGGGGACCCAUCGAAAACAAUUGUCAUCUUGCCUGUGCAUCCUACAACGGCGGGAGAGUCAGUAGUGGGCUUCAUCGUCCUGGGUACUAACCCUCGCAGACCAUAUGACGAUGACUACCAGCUUUUCAUCCACCUCCUCUCCAGACAGCUGGCGACGUCGAUGGCCUCAGUCGUGCUAUUCGAAGAGGAAAUCAAGAGGGGCCAGAGGGCUGCCCGUCUUGCUGCAUUGGAUCGCCAAGAACUGCAGAUGGAGCUUUACUUGAGAACCCAAGAGGCGGUGGAAAGCGAGUACAAGUUCAGCCGAAUGGCCGAGUUUGCACCAGUUGGCAUCUUUAUUGCUAAUGACAAGGGCCAUAUCAACUUCGCCAACGACAUGUGGUGGCAAAUAUCCAGGCAUCCGCGCACCGAAGACAGCGUCAACACAUGGAUGCAAAGUGUCAGGGAGGAAGAUCGUUCAGGCCUCGAACGCUCGUGGAAGAAGCUCAUCGAAGACAAGGAGGCUGUUACCGUCGAGUUCCGAUUCAAAUGCAGUCGGCAAAACGGACGCAACACCAUCGACACCUGGGUGUUGAUGAGUGCGUUCCCGGAGAAGACCGAGCACGGCACCCUCAAGAGCAUCUUUGGCUGUAUCACCGAUAUUUCGCCGCAGAAAUGGGCCGAGGAUUUCCAGAAGCAACGAAGAGAAGAAGCGGUGGAACUCAAGAGACAGCAGGAGAACUUCAUCGAUAUCACCAGUCACGAGAUGCGCAACCCCCUUAGUGCGGUGCUUCAGUGCGCAGAUGAGAUUGUCAAUAGCAUCACGGAGUUCCGAGGACAACAAGACCAUAAGGAGCUCGAGGUAUUGUUGGACGGCUGUACGGAGGCUGCCAACACAAUCAACCUCUGCGCUAGCCACCAGAAACGCAUCGUAGAUGACGUUCUGACACUCUCCAAGCUGGACUCCCAACUGUUGCUGGUAACCCCUGUCGACUCACACCCCGUCACCAUUGUACGACACGUCAUCAAAAUGUUCGAGUCGGAGUUGAGCACGCAUGACAUUCGCCUGGAAUUCUCAAUUGAGCAGGCAUUUUACAAGCAUGCUGUUGACUGGGUCAGGUUAGACCCGUCUAGGCUGAGACAAGUCUUGAUCAACCUGAUGACCAACGCUAUCAAGUUCACCCAAGGCCGUGAAAAGCGCGAGAUCAUCAUGAGCAUGAGCGCUUCCAAGGAUAUUCGCGAAGUUACUCAGAAGGGUGUAUCAUUCUUCCCCAGCCGUAAGGAGGAUGUCAAGGCUCUGACCCAAGAAAAGGAUUGGGGCGAGGGAGAAGAAAUCAACCUCCACUUUUCGGUCCAGGACACAGGCCCUGGCCUUCGGGAAGACGAGAAGAAGCUGCUGUUCCAGAGGUUCUCGCAAGCCUCACCGCGUACUCACGUGCAGUAUGGCGGCUCAGGUCUGGGCUUGUUCAUCUCGAGAAUGCUUGCUGAAUUACAAGGCGGCCAGAUCGGCGUCAUCUCGGAGAAGGGUAUUGGUAGCACUUUUGCAUUCUACGUGAAGUGCCGCAAAACGCCCGCACCGAGCGUAGACUCGACAACAUUAUCGGCUUUGAACCUCGCCAGACCGAUCAAAGCACCGACAUCUUCGCCAUCGACACCCCCUCCCCCGAACUCUCUGCCACGGCGGGCAUCCUACCGGAAGGCCGUCCCAGAGGGACCUCCACCCCUGGACGUCUUGAUUGUGGAAGACAACAUUGUGAACCAGCGAGUUCUCCAGAAGCAAUUAAGGAAUUGUGGCAACAACACGCAUGUUGCGAACCACGGCGGGGAAGCCCUAGAUCAACUCAAGAAGUCUCGCUUCUGGUCUGGAAAAGAGGCGGAAGGUUUCGAUCUCAGCGUUAUCCUGAUGGAUCUAGAGAUGCCGGUCAUGGAUGGCAUGACGUGCGCAAGGCGCAUUCGCGAAUUGGAGAGGGAAGGAACUCUCAUCACUCACAUCCCCAUCAUUGCCGUUACGGCUUACGCGCGGCCUGAGCAAAUCGAGAGCGCGAAAGAAGCCGGCAUUGAUGACGUGAUUUCCAAGCCAUUCAGAAUACCUGAAUUGAUACCCAAGAUCAAUGAGUUGGUUGCAAAAUACAAGAAACUGUCUACCACAGAGACUGUCGUCUCAACUUGA